CUCAUGGCGUCACUCUCAUGAUGUCUCGAGACUGCGGAGGUCAUGUGAUGGUGAUAAAUAAAGAUGAGGAUGCGUCUCUGUCCGUGGUGCUGAAUCACAGCUCGGUGCUGGAACGGUUCUUCACGGAGUGUUUCCGUGCUGAAUGCACAGCAACGCGCCCUAAACGACUACUUGUUGACGCUCGCGUUUAGAGGCGCGUCGGUGUUGCGCGCGGUGCGUGACGCGCUCGUCUGAAUGAACGCCCCCCCGCCCGCCCGCGCGCGCACAGACUCGCAUGCAGUCUCCGUGAUUCUCCGUUAGAUCCGGUGCAGUGCAGUAUCGCGGAUUCACACACGCUUCCGUGAACCGGAGAGACGCGCGCUGAACGCGGACGGUCAUGCCGUGACGCGCCGUGUUCGUGAAGCCGCGGAUGGUGAUGAAGAGGAUGAUGAUGAUGAUGGUGGUGUUACCGGGGCUCGUAAUCAGACUGACGGCGGUGAUGUUCGUCGCCGGUUCGAGCGGAAUGCCGCACGUGCUGAGAUUCGGGGGGAUCUUCGAGUCGAUAGAGAGCGGCCCGUCCGGACCCGAGGAGCUGGCCUUUAAAUUCGCUCUGAACACCAUCAACAGGAACCGAACGCUUCUGCCCAACACCACACUGACCUACGACAUCCAGAGAAUCAACGUGUUCGACAGCUUCGAGGCCUCCAGGAAGGCCUGCGAGCAGCUGUCCCUGGGCGUGGCCGCCAUCUUUGGCCCCUCCCACAGCUCGUCAGCCAAUGCGGUGCAGUCGAUCUCGAACGCUCUGGGCGUGCCUCACAUCCAGACGCGCUGGAAGCACCAGGUGUCUGAUAACAGAGACUCGUAUUACAUCAGUCUGUAUCCAGACUUCUGCUCGCUCAGCCGGGCCAUCCUCGACCUCGUGCACUUCUUCAGGUGGAGGACGGUGACGGUGGUGUAUGACGACAGCACCGGUCUCAUCCGUCUGCAGGAGCUCAUUAAAGCUCCGUCCAGAUACAACAUCCGUCUGAAGAUCCGGCAGCUCUCCGCCGACACCAAAGACGCCAAACCUCUGCUGAAGGAGAUGAAGAAAGCCAAGGAGUUCCACGUCAUCUUCGACUGCAGCCACGUGAUGGCGGCCUGGAUCCUCAAACAGGCUCUUUCAAUGGGAAUGGUGACGGAAUACUAUCAUUACAUCUUUACAACUCUGGACCUGUUUGCUCUGGAUAUGGAGCCGUAUCGCUUCAGCGGAGUGAAUAUGACCGGUUUCCGCAUCUUGAACACCGAGAGUCCGCAGGUGACCUCCAUCAUCGAGAAGUGGUCCAUGGAGCGACUGCAGGCUCCACCCAAACCUGACUCGGGCCUGCUGGACGGGUUCAUGACGGUGUGUGUGUGUGUGUGUGUGUGUGAGAGAGAGAGUUUGUGUCUAUGGUUCAGCUCCUCAAGUGUGGCUGACGCUUCCUGUCUGAAAGCUCUUUAUCCAUCCUUGCGCUUUCUUUUGGCUUUUGUUCUGUUCUCUCUCAGACAGACAGAAGUGUGUGUGUGUGUGUGUGUUAGACGCUUUCAUCACCCACAGAUCGCGAACAAACAGAAUCUCGACACACAGCUCAGGAAAACACACCGUUUAGAGAAGCAGAAGCUCUUUUCUGAAUCCUAGACAUCAGACGCAUCGCUCAUCCAAACUCUGAAACCGCAUCACACACAUCUUUCAAGGAGAAGGAUGUUCCAGGAUGCAAACCUUGA